GUUGGAUCGCCGCGGCUCGUUUGGAAGAGGUGGCCGGUAAGGUGCAAUCUGCUCGACAGCUCAUUGCUCAGGGGUGCAAGCAUUGCCCCAACAAUGAGGACGUGUGGCUUGAGGCCGCCCGCUUGGAGAAGCCAGCCAACGCCAAGGCGGUGCUCGCCAAGGCGGUGAAGUCCCUGCCCCACAGCGUGCGUUUGUGGAUCGACGCCGCCAACCGUGAGACGGACCUUCAAGCCAAAGGCCGUGUGCUUCGCAAGGCCUUGGAGUUCAUCCCCAACUCCGUGCGUCUUUGGAAGGAGGCAGUGAGUUUGGAGGACGAGACCGAAGCACGCGUGAUGUUGAGCCGCGCCGUGGAAUGUGUGCCGCACUCGGUGGAAAUGUGGCUGGCGCUGGCGAAGCUGUCAGCCUACAAGGACGCCCAGAAGGUCCUCAACGAAGCGCGCAAGCACAUCCCGACCAGCCCUGUGAUUUGGGUGACCGCUGCCAAGCUGGAAGAGACUCAGGGCAACGAGAAGAUGGUGGAGCUGAUUUUGACCCGCGCGAUCGACUCGUUGGCAGCGAAUGGCGUGACUCCCGACCGUGACAUGUGGCUGAAACAGGCUGAAGAGGCAGAGAAGACUGGCUUCAUUAAGACGUGCCAAGCCAUCAUCAAGGUCACCAUCAAGGUGGGUGUGGACGAGGAUGUGAAAGGCAUGAAGCAGAACUGGAUCCAGGAUGCAGACGCUGCCAUCAACAGAAACUCCAUCGAGGUGGCCCGAGCGAUCUACAACAAUGCGGUGAUGCACUUGAAGGGCAAGAAGGGCCUUUGGCUGCGCCUGGCGGAGCUGGAGACGAAGUAUGGCAACGCGGAAUCCUUGGACAACGUGCUGCAGCGUGCAGUGACCUACUGUCCCCAUGCUGAGAUCUUGUGGCUCAUGGCGGCCAAGCAGAAGUGGCUCCGUGGAGAUGUGGCUUCGGCGCGAAGGAUCCUGGCCGAAGCCUUCAGUCACUCCAAAGAGUCAGAAGCGAUUCACUUGGCCGCCGUGAAGCUGGAGAGUGAAAACAACGAGAUUCAGCGAAGCCGUCUGCUGCUGGCUCGAGCCCGUCAGCAGUGUAACACGCCCAAGGUCUGGAUGCAGUCAGUUCAGCUGGAGAGGGAGCAAGGUUUGUACCAGCAAGCCUUGCACUUGUCAGAGGAGGGUCUCAAGGAGCACCCUUCCUUCGCAAAGAUGUGGAUGAUUGGUGGGCAGAUCCACAUGGAAAAGCCUGGAGUCCAGGAGUUGGCAGGCUACGAAGUUCUUCGAGCGCGGUCUUCAGAAGUGCCCCAGGAGCGUGCCUCUGUGGCUGUGCGCCGUGGAAUGUGA